AUCACCUCCAAGAUAUACCAAACAAACAAAUGUAAACAAAAGGGUUGUGUUAUACAUCAGUAUUCCUUGACCUUCCUUGUGCUACAGCUGCUCAUGGCGUAGGAUUCGAGAUCAUCUUCGUGAUGUAGCGUGCCUAUUAUCAUGACCCUGCUUUUGUCGCUGCUUAUCUCCAGAUUAUGACCUGCAGUCACAUCUAACAGAUGGUGCUGUGUUUGCUGUCGGGUUUCUUCAUCACGUGCGCCUUCUACUCAUCCUCGUGGCUGGUGGGGGAAGUGGAGGUGGAGGCGAGCAACGGCCCCGCUCAGCCUCCGUCCAGAGGGUCGCUGGGGCUGUGGACGGGGCUGUGGCACGCUAACCUCACCUACGAGUCGUCCAGCCUCUCCCUCAACGAGCAGGUGACCUGGUCGAAGCGCCAGGACAUGAUUGGGGCGCAUCGCAUGGCGCUGGAGAAAGGCUGGCUGUGGCCCCUGGUGAAUCUGGUGUCCGAGUUGAGCGGCGAAGGGCGGGCCUGGAGAGGAGAACUUGGGGACGGGAUAAGGUACGCCGGGACUUUUAGUGGCUGUGCCAUGGUAGCGUCCAUGUACAUGUGGGUGGUAUGCGUGGUCCUCUUCAGCAUAGCUCCUGAGCUGACUGCACAAUCCCUCAUGCUAAUGGGAUGUUUGCUGGCGAUCGCGUCUUUCGGCUACGUGCUUUUAGUGUGGAUCCACGUGCCAAAUAGUAUUAUCGUGAGCGGGUCAAUGAUGGACUUGCACCUUGGAUGGGCCUGGUGGUCUGUGUGCAUCCUGGGCAUUUUGUUGGUUACUGUUGGCGCCGCGUUGCUCCUCUAUGAUUUCAGGUACCCGAAACAGCUUUAUACUAUUUUUGAACUGUAUGCUGGCACUCCUUAUCACCGCCUGUUUCAGGAAAACCUGAAGUGUUACACAGAAUUUGAUCCGCAUGACGAAGAGUUCAAAAAGGUGUAUCCACCAUGUUACUGGGAUCUAAGGAACUGUAACAGCAAGCCGUCCCUAGUAAUGGGAAGUGAAAACGAAGUAAAUAAUAACCUGCAGGAACUGACAGAAAAGGGACAGAUCUGUAAGAAGACCGAAGUUGAGAGAAUCUUCACCAACUCUGACACCGGCAAACUCAUUUUCCGCAUCAAGAAGGACAAGCCUUUUGCCAUGGAGACACUGGACACGGUCUCUUCUCCAACAAAUAAAGACCACACUCCAUUUCGCAGAGAACUGCCGCCGUCGCUUCGCAGGCGCGUCACCCCAGAGCCGGAUCGAUUGAAGGCUACAGACAAGAGCAGACAGCCUCUCGGUCUCUUCUCCGACUGCUUGUCUCCGCUGCUGAAGAACUCGACUAAGAAGAAAGACCACUUUCUGAAGAUCCCGCGCAUCCCCGACCACCUCGACUCUCGCAGUGACUACGAGACGUCAGCUUCUCCGCCCCUCUGCAGAACAUUUUCCAGUUUCCAGGCAGCCGAUCUGAUCUGCGAUACACCUCGUCUUGUCCCGAAGGAGCUGGAGGAGAGUUCGACUUCGUUCUGAACGCUAUAUUUAAGGAGUCCUUUGCUGCGUCCCGAAUAUGUUCACUCCAGUUACUCUUCUGCCAUGUGUGUUUUCUCUUGUGGAUCCUUAUUCCCUGCAGUCUCUGAAUUCAACACGCAUCAGAGGCGUUAUUGUAUAAACUGAGUGUUGGCUGCUUUAAGCUUAUAACUACUUGGAAGUGAAUUUACAUGUGUGAUUAAAACUAAUAGCAGUAGGUUCAGCUAUUGACACACUGAUCUCAAUAUAGUUUCUUUACUUGAAAAUAACUU